AUGGCUUUCAUGCUUUGGAAAGGUGGCGAUCUCGAUAAUUUCCACCAAGCUUGGGUUGAUAUUUGGAGUAUGGAGGUAAGUCCAAAAGUUAAACACUUUCUUUGGCGUGUAUGUACUAACACCCUCUCGGUUCGUGGUUUGCUCAAACACCGUCACUUGAGUGAUGAUGAUACGUGUCCCCCUGGCUGUGGUGAUGUUGAGUCACAAUCGCAUGCUAUAUUUGGUUACCCUCUCUUGCGUGAAAUCUGGUUUGAUAGUGGAUGUGAAUGUUUUUGGAACAUAGCAAAUGUUGGCCCAAUGAGUGAGGCUCUCGUGAAUAUGCAUGGUAUGGACAUGGGAGUACGAAUCAAGGGUGCUUUCCUUGCAUGGGUGUUGUGGAAUGAACGGAACUCUCUAGUGUUCAAAGACAAUAUUACUCCCCCUGUUAUCCUCCUCGAGCGUGUGAAUCGGCUUGUGGAAGAAAAUGGUGCAUAUUACAAAAGGAUCUAUCCUCUUUGGGCCCCUCUCGCUAAUGUCAACCCACAUACCUGGGUAGCUCCUCCACCGAGGAUCACAAAGCUCAAUGUGGAUGCUUCUCUAGCUAUUGAAGGUUGGGUUGGAUUGGGUGUUGUUGUGCGUGACUCGGCUGGGAUUGUCCUCUUUGCAGCCAUUUGCAGCGUGCGUUCUUAUUGGUCAGCCGAAAUUGCAGAAGCUAAGGCCAUUGAGAUGGCUAUUCGAUUUGGGAAACAUUAUGCUCUGCAGGAGAUUAUUGUGGAGUCUGAUUGCUAA